ACAUGGCUGCGCCCAGUCGGCGUUUGUGCACGCUGAUUCGAUUGCAAGGAAAUUCACACGUGCCCUUGAUAUGUAAUUCAUGUAUAAGAUAUAUGUCAGCAAAUCCUCCUGACGGACACGUGUCUCCUCCCGGAUUCAUUAAGAGGUACAUUGUUGACCACAUCGUCAACUUUGUGUCUAAGAGAACAGAGAAGCUAGAACGGAGAUAUCCCAAAGUGUUUGAAAUCUACAGAACAUUUAGAUCAGGCAGUUCCACAUUUGUGAGUGAGACCAAGGACUACUACAAUGUCACCACAGAGUUGUGGGGAGGUCGCACUCUCGGAACCUUCUCCAGACAUCAACUAGAAGUCUACAAACAGAUUCCAAGGGACCUGUUUCGUAUUGCCCCCAUACUGCUGAUCUCAGUCCUCCCUUGGGGAGGAGCUAUUAUAGCAUUAGCGUAUCUGUAUCCCCGGAUCUUUCUGUCACAUCACUUCUGGACCCAGAAGCAGAGGGAAAAGUUCUGGAGGCAGACUCUGGAGUCACGUCUGCACCAUACCUCGGCCAUCUUGGAUUGGACCAUGCGACAGAGUAUCCAUGUCCCCAACCAGAAGAAGAGAGAUAAACUUGUUCGUCUCAUACAGAAGUUGGAGCAUGCUGUUCAGCCAAGUAUAGAAGAACUCCUGGAGGUGCUGCCUCUGUUUGCCUCAUUCCCCUACCAGACAGACAGGAUGGCAACUGUGUACAUGAGACAUUUAGCCCGGUGUUUGAACUUCUGGCCAUUGCGAGCUCGCCUAUACCACGAUGCAAUGAUUCUGUUGUACACCGACCUUGCCAUGGCGAGAGAAGGCAUUGUCAAAAUGGAUGAUUAUGCCCUGGAGAAGGCCUGCUUUCUGAGGAGUCUGAAUCCUUUUGGCCUGACAAGAGAAGAAAAAAUAGCUUAUUUAACAAACUGGACAAGGAUCAGCCAAGAAAUUGAUGAAUCAAACAUCUCUUUCCUACUCCACUGUCCUGCCUUCCUGGGCGGCGUCCAUCCCAACAACCUACAACUGCUGGGAGGCAAGAGGUCAUUCUGGAGGAAGAAGACCGGGAGAUGAGAGCUAGGUGGUCGUGUGACUGUCAUGUGAUUGUUACAGACUGGCUGUGAUAUACUGAUAUAUAUAACCCAUCACCAGCGAACUGUGGGAGGAAAACAGAGUUACUUGGCCAGUGGUCUUGCCAUCUGUCAACAUGGCUUCCCUUCAUGGUUCUAUAUCAAACAGAAAUUAUGAUUAUAAUCAAGCACCUGAGAGCAAGACCUUUGUUUUAUCUGUCAGUAUUCAUCUGAUUUAUGUGGUAUGGUACUAUCAUGGUGCAACUAAUAGAUAAUUUAUUCAAAAAUUCAUUACGACUCCAUGAUGGUAUGUUAUGCAGGACUCAUAAGAUGUAUUUAUCAAAAUACUAUAAUUGUUGCAGAAGUGUUUUACAUGAUACGUACCGAUAAUAUACUGAAUCACUGAGUUGGUUUUAUAGCAAUAUUCCAGCAAUAACACCGCAGGGACACCAGAAAGGGGCCUCACACAAUGUUCCCAUGUGGGGAAUCUAAGCCAGGUCUUCGGUGUGGCAAGCGAACGCUUUAACCUCUAGGUACCCCACCUCCCCAUAAUAUCACAGGCUUAAUGUAUAAUUGAAAGAGAUGUAAAUAUGUUAGAACAGAAUCAAAUAAGUCUAGAUGUGGUGAUGAGGUGUUAAUGGUCAGCAACAACAAUGAUGUUAAAUAUAAUCCUGAAGAGACGGAUAAUGUCAGGGUUAGCAGAGUGCCAGUAUAGCAUCCCCUAGUACAAUGACACAUAGUCAACCAAUACACAUAGUGUGGCCACCAGAUCCUCAUAAGUAAGGGGUAGAUGAGGUGGCCUAGUGGUUAAAGUGUUGACUUGUUGCUCCAAACCUGACUAGCUAUUCUUGAAACGUUCGUAGCCCUACGAACUUCUUAAGCCCAUUCCUAACACAUUGGCUACGAUGUUAAGUUAGGAAUUCUUAGGGCUACGAACCUUUCGAGAAUCAGGGCCCUGGUUCAGAUUCCCUUAUGAGUUCAGUUAAAGAACACUGGCAGGAUACAGCUGGAAUGUUGAUUCUCACUCACUCACUCACUCACUCUGAGUCACUCACUCAGUCUCACCACUCACUCACCGCAGACAUGCUUAACAGGUAUUACUAUGGGGACGUAUCCUUUC